AAUUAAGUCAUAUGGGCCGAGACCAAAACAAAAUGGGCCUAUAACGAAUUACAAGAAGCCCAAUAUUUACUCCUUUGGAAUAACACGCCGGUUAAAGUUUGAUCCGGUACCGGCAACACAAGACUCGAUCUCGGAGCUGUGAGUUUGUGAUUUUUCUUAAACUAAGAACAAAUUUUACAGAAGCUAUGGCACUUCGAUCGAUCAGCAGGAGGUUUGGGAGCAGAGUCUUGAGUUACCGUUCCUCCUCCGUUGCUUCCCUUCAUUCUCACGCCACAAGUUUCGGGUUUCAACAAGUGAAGGAAGAAGAGAAGAGCAAGUUGGUUGGUAACGUUUUCACCAACGUAGCUUCCAGUUACGAUAUCAUGAAUGAUGUCAUGAGCGGUGGCUUGCAUAGGCUUUGGAAGGAAAGACUCGUUGGGAAGCUGAGUCCAUUUGCAGGGAUGAAGCAUCUUGAUGUUGCCGGUGGAACAGGUGAUGUUGCGUUUAGGAUCUUUGACGCUGUUAACAGUGUUAAACGAAGAGCAUUGCGGAAAGUUGAUGAGGAUUCACUUGAAGAAACUCAGAUAUACGUGUGUGAUAUUAAUCCCAACAUGUUAAACGUUGGGAAACAACGUGCUGCUGAGAGAGGGUUAGGAGAUAACAAGGCACUCGUAUGGGUGGAAGGAGAUGCAGAGGCCUUGAGUUUCGAUGACAACUCAAUGGAUGGAUACACUAUUGCAUUUGGGAUAAGGAAUGUCACACACAUCGAGAAGGCUCUCGCGGAGGCCUAUAGGGUACUAAAACGGGGAGGAAGAUUCUUGUGCCUUGAGCUCAGCCAUGUAGACAUUCCGGUCUUCAAAGAUGUAUACGAUUUGUAUUCAUUCAAGGUCAUUCCAAACUUAGGGGAACUAAUAGCCGGUGACCGGGAAUCUUACCAAUACUUGGUUGAGAGUGUUCGUCGGUUUCCCCCUCAGGAGAAAUUUGCAACGAUGAUAGCAGACGCAGGAUUUGAGAAGGUGGAGUACGAGAACCUUGUUGGUGGCGUUGUCGCCAUUCACUCUGCCAUUAAGCUCUAAUGUUCUCUUUUCUUUUUCCUUGUGCAUUUUAUCGGCUUCCCAAACUGUAAAAGUUCAAACGUGAAAAAUAAAGCUCUGUCCAAGAGUGAAUUUGCUUCUUAA